GGCCGACUUCCGGAAUCAAAAUUUUUGGAGAAGUCUGGUUUUUUGGAUAAUAAGUCGAGUCUGUGCAACAGCUUAGAUAAUUUUUGCAUUCUGUGAUUCAAAGAAAUAUCCGUCUUGUAUAACUGUAGUCAAAUUGUGUUUGCAAGUGACCUUGAGACCUACAAUUUUCACACGAACCUGUCAAAAUUUAGGCUAAUCAUAUUCAGUUCAUAAUUUUUAUUUGCAUUGAAUUGAUUACUCCAGUAUAUGUAGAUACAUGGACGCAGAUCCUUCAUGAAUCCAUUAAACAGAUGAGGACAUUACUGUGACCAGUGUUGAUGAACAAUAAUCAUGACAGCAGCUGCAGGUAGUGGUGAUGCUUGGAGGAUCAGUGGAGAGGACAGGGUCAAGCAUGACUCCCAGUUCUUCACACUCAAACCUGUCAAUGGAUUUGUCACAGGAGAGCAGGCUAGAGGCUUCUUUAUGCAGUCUGGCCUUCCUACUCCAAUACUUGGACAAAUAUGGAGUUUAGCUGACAUGAAUAAUGAUGGAAAGAUGGAUAAGAAAGAGUUUUCUAUUGCCAUGCACUUGAUCAAGAAGAAACUACAGGGGUAUGAGCUGCCAAAAUCACUGCCACAGUCACUGAAAGCUGAUCCAUCACCGAUGAUGGGUUCAUUUGGCACAAUGCCAGCGCAGCCUGCGGGUAUGAUGGGCAUGGCCCCCGGAAUGGGCAUCCCUCCUGUAGGAAUGACGCCUCCUGUUGCUAUGCCAAUGGGACAGAGAAUGCCAGUGAUGGUCAAUGGUAUGCCACAAAUGGUACCUUCCACUGGAUUUAUGGGAGCUGCUGGAGUUCCGGUGUCAGCUGGGUACAGUGGAGCCAUGCCAGUCAGACCUGGAGUACCAGGUCCAGUAGGUGGUGGAAGUUUAGCAAUGCCACAUAACAGUAAAUUGAAAUAUACUCAGAUGUUUAACACUCAUGAUAGAAACAAGAGAGGCACACUUACAGGUGUGGAAGCCAGGUCUAUUUUAGUGAAUACUGGAGUUCCUCAACAGAUGUUAGCUCAAAUAUGGAAUUUGUCAGAUGUAGACAAAGAUGGCAAGUUGAACUGUGAUGAAUUUUGUAUAGCUAUGCACCUAAUAGAUGUUGUUAAGAUGGGCCAGCCACUUCCUGUCAAACUGCCUGCUGAGUUAUUGCCAGGCAAAGCUCGGUCUGGAAGUUUUGGAACACCACCACCUGUAGCCCAACCUGUACCAACACAGAAAGACAGUUUUGGGGAUUUAGUGGGUAGUAUGGGAAUGCCUGCCCCAGUUCAACCAACACCAGUAGCAAAUGGAGAAACUAAACAGGAAGAAAUUGAUAUAUCACCUGUGACCUUUGAAGAUCGUCGCAAGGAGAAUUUUGAUAAAGGUCAGGCUGAGUUAGAAAGGCGGCGACAGAUGUUACAGGACCAGUUAAGGAAAGAAGAGGAAGCGAGAAUGGAGAAAGAAAGAAAGGAACAUGAAAAGAGAGAAAAACAAAGGUUAGAACAGGAGAGAAAGAAGCAGCAAGAAUUAGAGAGGCAGUUGGAAAAACAGAAAGAAAUAGAAAGACAGAGAGAAGAACAAAGACAGAAAAUGAUGGAACAAAGAGAGGCUGCAAGACGAGAGUUGGAGCGACAGAGACAGAUGGAGUGGGAAAGACAGAGAAAAGAACAACUGAUGACCGAGAAAGCACGAGAAUAUGAACAGCUGAUGGCUCUAAAGGCGAGGUCCAGUAAUUUGAAAUGUGAACUUGAGUCACUGCAAGGUAAGAAGACGGAAAUAAGCACUAAGAUAUCACAGGUGAAGAAUGGUGUUACAGACUUCACAGCCCAUAUAGAAGCGAUGAGAAGCACAAGAGACCUGAAAAAUAACGAUAUUGAUAGAUUACAAGGAGAGAUACAGGAGGUGAAUAGAACUGCUCUUACAGUCAGAGAUGACAGAAUAGACUUGAGAGUCAGACUCUGUACAGAGGUCAAUAAGACUCUGAGCCAGUUACAGAAUGAUAUAAGUAAAGUAGAGAAAAGUAAUAAAGAGAGUGUGAGAGUAAAGCAGGAAGAACAAGAUAGACUGAAGAAAGAAAAGGACAAACAUGAGACACUGCGGAAAGAACUGGAGGCACAGAGACUCAAAAAUGCUGACGAGUUGUCUCUGACCCCUGGCGAUACGGUGAUGACUAGUCAAUGCCUGGUUGGAGGGGAGAGAAUGAUGGCAAAUGUGGCGGUCAGAGUUAUGUUGAAGAAAAUUGUAAGUUCUAGUCAUCUGUGUUCAGUCGAUGAUGUUCGCGGGUAUCAGUACAUCAGAAGACUCUUCAUUUAUUUCUGUUCCUGGCAAAAUGCCAGCAGUUUCACCAACCCCUGGCCAGUACGAUGUCGACUGUAUAUGCUAGUAUCUUCCUGUUUUACAGAGACAUGUAUAGGUGUAUACUCCUAUCAGUCAGCAGAGCCAGGUGAUUUAACAUUUAAUGUAGGGGAGAUAAUUACUGUAACAAAGAAAGAUGGUGAUUGGUGGACUGGCUCCAUAGGAGACAGAAAGGGGAUCUUCCCAGCAAAUUAUGUGAAAGCACAUGAAGUGCAGGUGAAAGCAGCGCCAUCAGCCCCAGCAGCAGCAGCAGCAACAACACAAGGUGUUUCACAGACAGGCACUUUGAAAAAGCCAGAAAUAGCAACAGUAAUUGCAGCUUAUACUGCGACAGGGGAGGAGCAGUUGUCAUUGAGUCCUGGUCAGCUGAUACAAGUUAGAAAGAAAAGUCCUAGUGGAUGGUGGGAGGGAGAACUGCAGGCAAGAGGUCAGAAGAGAAAAAUUGGAUGGUUCCCAGCUAAUUAUGUGAAGUUACUGGGAGGCAGUGCUAGAUCUACACCUGAUAAUACACUUGGUGCUGGUGGUAAAACGUCCCCAGCCACUACUUCUUUGGGUCAUGGCGUGUCAUCAUCUCCAGCCCCUCAAACUUCCACAACACCGCAGCCAACCUCUCAAACAUAUGUUGACCAUGUUAUAGCCAUUUACCCAUACCAGUCGCAACAUGCAGACGAGCUGACAUUCCAGAAAGACGCUGUGAUAAACGUGAUAAAAAAAGACGACCCUGACUGGUGGCAAGGAGAAUUUAAUGGACAAAUUGGCAUGUUUCCAUCAAACUAUGUACAAAGUACAACACCAGAAUCAUCAUCUUGGUCAACAGAUCCUCAGGUUUUGGCAGUUACCUCAGCUGAGGAGAGUAAAAGACAGAGCUACAUCCAUGAACUCAUUAAUACUGAAGAAACAUACAUGCAGGACAUGUCUAUUGUUUUAGAGGCAUUUUACAAACCAUUAGCCGAGGGUGGAGCUCUUACAGAAGAACAACUGCAAGCAAUAUUUGUGAACUGGAAGGACCUGAUUGUGUGCAAUACAAAAUUACAAAAGGCAUUACGGGUUCGUAAGAAAAUGUGUGGUGGCGUUGGACAAGUGAUAAACAGUAUUGGAGAUAUUCUAUGUGAAAAUAUACCACAUCUGACCGCCUACAUCAGGUUCUGUAGCUGUCAGUUAAAUGCUGCGGCAUUAUUACAGAAAAUUUCAGAAUCUAACCCAAAAUUUAACGAAAUCCAUAAGAAAUGUGUUCAGAAUCCUAAAACCAAGGGAAUGCCGCUGAGCAGUUUUCUCUUGAAACCAAUGCAGAGGAUAACCAAAUAUCCUCUCUUAGUAGAAAAGAUCUUGAAACACACCCCUGUGGGUCAUCCAGACCACACCCACUUGGUAGAGGCCCUGGAGACGUGUCAGGAGUUGUGUAGUCAGGUGAAUGAAGGAGUGAGAGAGAAAGAGAACUCAGACAGACUGGAGUGGAUACAACAGAAAGUACACUGUGAUGGCCUCCCUGAGAAAAUCACCUUUAAUUCUGUCACAAAUUGUUUGGGUCCAAGAAAAUUACUGCAUACUGGUGUUGUUUAUAAGAGCAAAAGUAACAAGGAGCUUGCAGCUUUCCUAUUUAAUGAUUUUCUACUACUGACCACCUCAAAUAGACCUCUCAACAAUGCUACACAUAGUGUGUUUGAUCUUACAGGCCAAGUGCAAUAUAAAAUGUAUAAAACUCCGAUAUUUCUGAAUGAAGUGAUGAUCAAGAAGCCAAAUACUGAUGAUAAUGAAUCGUUUACAAUAUCACACAUAGAUCGUGUAUACAAUCUGAAAUCUCACAACCAGUCUGAACGUGAUACGUGGGUACGGCAUUUAGAAACUGCAUCAAGACAUUACCUUGACACGGAAAGGAAAAAGCGGGAAAAGGCAAUAAGCUCCCCUAAACAUACCCGCGGUGUUGGACGGCUCCUUGUUAUUAUCAUUGAGGGAUCAAACCUUAUAUGUAGUAAAGAUGUGCGGCACAGUCCCGGCAUGGGUCGACUUCUUGUCGUUAUUGUUGAAGGAUUAGAUCUCCAAGCCUCGGACGAUAACGGAAAGAGUGAUCCUUAUUGUGAAGUGAGUAUGGGAGCACAAGAACACAAGACGAAGGUGAUCAACAACACAUUAAACCCAAAAUGGAACGCUUCCAUGCAGUUUACUAUACGAGACAUUGAUAUGGAUGCUUUAUGUAUCACAGUUUUUGACAGGGACUUGUUCUCACCAAAUGACUUCCUUGGUCGAACAGAGAUAAGAGUGAAAGAAAUUUUGAAAGAAACUGGAGACCAGGGACGAAGACCAAUCACAAAACAUUUAAUACUGCAUGAAGUUCUUACAGGAGAAGUUGUUGUUAAGCUAGAUUUGCAUCUUUUCGACCAGUGAAAAUGAAGAUGGAUCUUUAUUGACCAAUGAGAUUGUAGCUGAAAUUUCAUUGUCCAAUGAAAACAGCCAUUGAGUUGUGCCAACCAAUGAAACAACAUCUUGAAAAUGGUUGUCCAAUCAGAUUGCAGUUUGGAUUCAGUUAUCCAAUGAACCUGGUGAGUGGAUGUGAGUUAUGACUGAAGAUUGUAAGAAUGAGUGGGUAUGAUAUGAUAACAUCAGGAAAUGAGGUUUAAGGGGGGAUACAGGAUAUACCUUGGUGAUAAAUCUUACUGAUAGAUUAUCUUCUUUCUGUUUGAUGCCAGGAAUAAAUUAUACAAUUUCAUUGGAAAGUAUUAACACCUGUUCAUAUGACAAAAUGAACUUAUUUAUAUAUCAAUUAUAUGUUAUGUUUCUAUGUGAUGUAGCUAUUUAUAUGUAUGUAAGUACCCAGAUGUUGUGUUAACACAUUUUUGUUGUUGAAAAAAUGGUACGCAGAUUGUGUUGGGUUAUUUCAUGUAUAUCAAGACAGAAGAAACAAAAUACAUUAUGAAUUUAUAUAAAUAUGAAAGUGAAAUAUAAGUAUUGUGAAUCAAGUGUAUGUUAAUAUUUUAAAUGGUGAAAUAAUUGCAAAGUACAGCAUAUUUGUACACAAGCUAGUUAUAUAUAGAUGAUUUUUAAACUGUUUAUAGCUUAUACACAUUAUAGCAAUAUUUUGGCAAUGUCACUUGUUUAUCAGUUGUUCAGCUACACUGUGAUUCAUUUGUUAUGUUUUAUGAAAUCGGUGGUUGAGAUUGUAUUUAACAGUUAACCUUUACCCUGCUAAAUUUCCAAAAUGGACUGGUCCAUCAUCCAAUUGGGCAGUACCACUUAUUAUUCAGAGGGGUGUUAAGUGAAAAUUUACUGACUGAAUAAACAGUGCAGAUCAUGAUCAGCCUGCAGGCUGAAGGUUAAUAAUAACUAAUGGGGGACUACCAUGAAGCAGGUGGCUCUGUUUUAUUAGCUCACCUGAGCAAGGUGAGUUAUUGUGAUCGCUCAAUGUCCAGCGUCUGGCAUCUGUCUGUCUGUCAUCUGUUAACAUUUAGCUUCUGUAUGCGGUAGAGGCUGUAUUUUUCAAGUGAUCUUCAUGAAAUUUUGUCAGAAUGGUUACCUUGAUGAAAUCUAGGCCAGAUUUGAAAAUGGGUCAUCUGGGAUCAAAAACUAGGUCACUAGGUCAAAUCAAAGAAAAAUAUUGUGUAUGCAAUAGAGGCUGUAUUUUGCAAUUGAUCUUCAUGAAUUUUGGUCAGAAAGAUUACCUUGAUGAAAUCUAGGCCAAGGUCGAAAAUGGGUCAUCUAGGAUCAAAAACUAGGUCACUAGGUCAAAUCAAAGAAAAACCUUGUGUAUGCGAUAGAGGCUGUAUUUUUCAGUUGAUCUUCAUGAAUUUUGGUCAGAAAGAUUACCUUGAUAACAUGUUUACACUGUUAUGGUGUGUUUCUCAGGUGAGCGACCUAGGGCCAUCUAGGCCCUUUUGUUAUCUUAUCAGAGUUACUUCUCUCAGAAUGUAUUUACACUUGUUAUGAAGGCCUAUGUCUUGUUUCAUUUGCCACCUCUUCUCUACCCAGAAACUCUGUCCUCUUUCAAACAAAUGGUAGAAGGGGAAAUUUGGGAAGGGAGAAGCAUUCAAAAUGAAAUCAGUACAUGCAACAAAUUUGCAUUGAUCAUUUCAAUAAAUUGGACUGUUCAGUUACUCCUCUUAUUUUUAUUGCCUUUUCUAAGUUGUAGUAUAAACACUGAUAGUUUGAGAUUGCAAUGGGAUGAUCAAAAUACUCUAGAUAUCUAGGCUUGUGGUCCAUAUAUGGAAGAUGUAAGAGAAAGGGCCGGGGACCCCAUGUAUUACACGAGGGAGCCGGGAUGCUUGAGCCGUCUUGCAUUGUGUUGACAUUUAAAAGUCUUUUCCAUAUGUCAUACUGAUCAUCUUCUGAAGAAAACAAAUAUUCCAUUUAGUAAAUUCUUCUAUGAGGAGACAUAAUAACUCAUCAGUGUGUUUUAUAUAGAACUUAUUCUUUUAUAUCAAGUUUAACUUAUUCUCUACCAAGAAGAGACUGAUGAAACAAACUACGAAAAAUCUUUUAUGUGAAAGAGUAAAAAUCUGUCAGUGACAAAUUCUCUGUCUUAGAUCAGGCGUAUAAAGCAGACAUUUAAACAGAAUUCUUUUCUGUAAAAUUCAGCUCGAUUUAUCACAGGAUUGUACUGUUAUAAUCCCAAAAGCAGAUUUUUGUAGAACAUGAUGUAUAUGUAUUGAUGGAGGACAGUUUCAUAACAUUACUUUUGAUAUUAUGAUUGUAUCGGGUAUAGAUCACACCUCAGAGGUCAGCGGUUUAAGCCUUUGCUAGUUUUGAUCAUGGUAUGGGCAGCCACACUAGCACUAGUCUGUACAGGAUAUUAUGCCAUUAUGAGUCUUAACUUCUUUUACAAAUGACCCAGUUUUGUGUAAACAGAAGGGAUACAGAUUUGUUUAAACUUGUGUGUAUAUAAUUACUGUACAUUAUUACAAAGCUGCAUUUAGACACUCUAUUUGUUAUACAGGUUUUAUUUUCUGUUUUAUUUUUGUUUUUUAUUCAAAACCAUGAUUUUAAUUAAUUGUUCAUUAUAUAUUUUUAAGUACGCAUACAGUUUUUGUUGAUGAACCAAAAGAGCAUUAUAUGACAUGUUAUGUAUUGUAUAUACUAGGUACACCUUUACAAAACUUAUUUAUUUAGAUACCCAACUUGUAAUCAGCUGAUUCAGUUUCACUUGAAGCAUUCUAUAUAUUCUGGUAUUUCCUGCCUUAUUUGUUGUACAAGUGUGAACUACAAAUAAGUAAAAUCUGACUCUGAGUACUGUUUAGGCACAUAUUUUUGCUGGGUCAGAAUCGUGAAUUUGAAAUCUGAAGUAUGUUCGCAAGGUUUAAAUCAACAUUCAUACUUGAAUUUGACUUAUACUUAUGGUGAAUAUUUACGCGAGGAUGAAUUUGUGCAAGAUAUUGGGCUCGUGAAUAUAGCGAAAAUUAAACCCUCGCGAAAGUUUCUGCAGUGUCAGAAUGCAGCCUUUACAUCGGUCAGUUUCAAGAAUGAGAUCAGAAUACUGAUACUGGUGUUUUCAGGUUCAUCUUCAAACGCAUUUUUACCUCUUGCCUACUACAUUUCUAAACUGGACUGGUCCAUCAUUCCAUUUGUGCAUGACCAAUCAUUGUUUGAAAAUUUUCUGACUGAAUAGCAAACAGUGCAGACCAUGAUCCAUCCAUGCAAGCUGAUCUUGGUCUGCACUGGUCGCAAAGGCAAAAUCACUUGCCGCCAGCAGUCUUAAGGUUAAAACCCCAUCACAUGAUUUUAGUUUAAUUGGUUGAGUGUCCAGCAUAUAUGGAGAGUGACCAGUAAUAUAACUAGGAGGAGGGUUAUUGUCAAUGGCCGCUGUAACUUGCAUUCUAUCACAGUAUUUUUCUCCAGUAACAGUUAAGAUGACCUUGUAAAAGUACUGGCACUACUUAGUAAAGCCCCUAUGUCAGGGCAGCUAAAUGUUUCACUGAAACGUGUUAAUGUUUAACCAGUAAUUUCAAUUCCAACUGGACAUAUCUUUUGCUCAUUACUGAAUUUUUGUGCCCCAGAAUGUCAAAAAACCCUGGAAGCAUAAUAGUGUUGGAGCUGUUCGACUGUUAGUCUGUACCAUCACAUUUUCUUUUGUUCUCAUCAUGACCUACAGUUUCCAUCUAACACCUGAAACUUGGUGUAUGUCAUCACCAUAAAGUUAAUGUUUGCAUUUCACGGGUGAUGAGUUUGGAGGGGCUUAACUGUAGCAGGUGACUGCUUUAUUUGAUAAAGAAAUAAGACUAUUUUAAUUGUGUAAGAAACAAUUAUUAUGCCUAAAAAGUCAGUUCGAAAGACACUAAUCAGUCUGAGAUACAUUCAAUCAGUUCUUUUAUUAUAAAGGUGUGUUACUUUUAUCCAUGUUUAUUUUGUAAAUAGUUUUAUAUUUAGUGCUCACAUAUAAUGACUUAUUUGUUUUAACUUGUAAAAGUACCAUUUUGUGUAUCUGUUAUCCUUUGGACGGCUGUUUUGUCUAAAAUUCUAGUCUUUCUACCAUAAAAUGCAAUUUCUAGCCAGAUUUGACCACAAGUAUCGUUACUUUGUCUAACAGUACCAUUCUGUAUGUAAUUUGUAAUUUGUCAGUUUAGCUUAUAUUCUAAUUGUCUUAAGAAUCAUAUGAUGAUUGUACCUGCUAAGUUGUACAUGUUCUUGUUAGUUGAACUAACCUGUGUUAGAUGGUUGAAGUACAAUAUUGGCGAUGCUUAAUACAAAAAAUAUAACAAAAAUAUCACUAAAUGAAUUAUUAAUGAUGACUGUCAACUCUUUUGUGCAAUUUUAGCUUUACAAUGUUAUAGUUGGCAAGGUCUGUUACAGAAAUUGAAUUUCUAAUGCACUAUCUUGCAAUUAUUUAAAUCUUUGGGUGACAGAAGUAUUUUAUUACAUGUUUUUCAGUGAAUUAUCUAACUAUUAGAGGUUAUCUAAUUUUUUCACUAUGAAAAAUAUCAAAUAUAUUUUUCACUGGUAAGAAACUAUAAGUGGGUAAAUUUAGUCAAAACGUGAAAUAAAAAGAAAAUGUGUUUGUUUUACAUGUAAGAUAAAAAUGUCUUUCACUCGUGAACACCACAUCUUACAUUUUCACACGUGGCUGUGCCACAGUUAAAAUAUUGCAUCUAGUGUUCACUUGCGAAAGAUACUUCAAUCCUACAUUGAAACAAACAAAUGAGCCAUGCCAUGACAAAACCAACAUAGUGGGUUUGCGACCAGCAUGGAUCCAGACCAGCCUGCGCAUCCGCGCAGUCUGGUCAGGCUCCAUACUGUUCGCUUUUAAAGCCUAUUGGAAUUGGAGAAACUGUUAGCGAACAGCAUGGAUCCUGACCAGACUGCGCGGAUGCGCAGGCUGGUCUGGAUCCAUGCUGGUCGCAAACCCAUUAUGUUGGUUUUCUCAUGGCACGGCUCAGAUAUCCUCUGUAUAUCUUUGUUACUAUUGCAAGUCCAUAGCAGUGUUCCCAUUUCCGCUGGUUAAAAAUAUGACUACACUGUCAAUGUUGCUUUUUUUUCUAGCCAUGUGGCAAACUGCUUUUACUUUUCAGUUUCUGAACUGUAUUUUUAUGCUUCUUUUAUUAUAGUUUCAAGAUUAGUUUCUGUUCGAGAGAGUUUCAGUAUUAUAUGACAAUUUUGUUUUAUUGUGCUCUUCAGCUCUUUUGUUUUCUGAUUUUUUUUUGCACAUACAUAAUAGAGAGUUUGCUGGGGAAUCAUUUUUUUUUUUUUUGUAAUAAUACAACUAUUGUCAAAUAUAAAAUAUAGAAUGGUAUAACUAUUUAAUGGUCUGUAUCGUUCCAGUAUACAUGUUUACCAAUAUUUUACAAAUAUUACAACAAUAUUUGACAAUUUUGUCAGCACAGACAAAAGUUCUUACUAUGAUAUAUAACCUAUAUCAGAUUUUUGUUAAAUCCUGUAAUCAGUUAAAAAAAUAUAUAAUUAUAAUACCUUAUCUGUUGGUUCUUAUUCCAAUUUUUAAAAAUUCAAUUGUAGCUUUUAUACAGAAAAUUACCUUUAUUUAUUUAAUUCAAAGUUUAUAAGAAGUUUAAUUUUGCUACUCUAUGUAUUAUUUUGUUUAGCAUGUACAUUUCAUAAACUGUAUUGGGCAAAUAUUUUUACAUCUUGUAUCCAAAUCAGCAAUGUUAUAAUUACAUUUUACUUUUUUUAAAAGUGAUGUAACUAUGAAAAGUACAGUAUUCCCUCCCUAAACGACACUUCUUUUGAGCGAUUCCCUCCUUCGAGUGGUAAAUACAAUUCCUCCCAAGCAAAUUCAGUGUACUUUCCCCUCCCUGCAUUGCUGUUUGGACAAGUACAUUUUAUUCACAGGUUAGACUGUAUAUGAUAUUUUCUUGAUUGGAAAUCACUUUUUCUUGUCUACCUUUUGAGGAAAGACACGGUUAUCUGGGUAGGAGAUCACCUUAUCUUUGCCCUAGGGAAAAGAUAAGCUACAACUGCGCAUAUUGACAUUUUAAUUUGAUGUCGUAUUAUGACAUCAUAGUUUAUGAGCAAUUUUUGAUUUAUAAUAUCAACGGUAGGCAAGAAAGACUGUCUAAAAAGGCAGGUGUUUUCCCAACCCUCAGGAAAGCAUGGAUAAAAAGCCUCACCUAGAGUUUUCCAUUCCACACUGCCCCUCCGGUUUGGGAAAACCCUGUCUUACACAGGCAGUCAUAUAAGAUCUUUAUAAUCUUUUUCCUAGCUUCAUAUGCACAUAUUUUCAAUAUCUAUGAAUAUGUAUAGGUUAAUAUAUGGGAGAGAGGUGCCUUUGAGUGAUAAUGGCCCUGGCAAGGUGAUAAUAGCCCGAGGGCUAUUAUCUUCUUCCAGGGCCAUUAUCACUCAAAGGCACCGCUCUCCCAUGUAUUUACCUGCUUAUUACAUGUUUACCUAUAAUAUAGUAAGAAAUGUUUUUUGUGUCAUUUUUAUGGGCACUUGCAUCUUCUGGCACAAUAAAUUUCAGCUUUUCAGUUUCUAUAUUAUUUGUAUAAGAGUCUAUUUACUGUAUAAAAUCAAAUACCUGGAUAGUUGUACUUUCUUGCUUAUUGCAUAAUUUAGGGAUAAAAAUACGUUAUUUCACAAAGAAUACACGAUGUUACGCUCAAGAUGAUAAAAUGAAACGGAAAUAGUCGCUGUUUUACCUCCAUGAAACGCCAUGACGUCAUUUCUGUUUACGAACGUUAAUUCCCCGCGCUAACGCCAGGGCCAUUAUCGAUAAUGGCCCCGGGGCUUAUUAUGAUAAUGUGAUAAUGCAUGACACAAUGCGAUAAUGGGAGAAUUUUCAGCACAAAUGUGUUACUAUUUAUAGGUACUCAUGUAAUAAGUUGCAGUAAUGUUAACUGUAGGCAAGAAAUUGAUCUAACAUGUUUGCCCGAGCAAGGCAUGUGUUUUCCUUACCCUUGGGCCAGUGUGGAUAUAAGAUCUUGCUAGUCCUCGGUUUUCCAUUCCAGGCUGUCCCUCAGGUUUUCGAAAACACCAUCUUACACAAGUAUGCAUGUAAGAUUCUUAGUAUCUAGUAUUUGGGUCUUUGCUUCAACAUUUUGAUUUUUUUGCUUCAGUUUUCUGUAAUUCAAGAACUACGGUAGAUUAAGAUUAUUUUUUUUAGCUCGACUAUUCAUAGAAUAGUAGAGCUAUUGGACUCGCCCAUGCGUCCGCGUCUGCGUCCGCGUCGGCGUCCACGUCCCGAUUUAGUUAAGGUUUUGUAUGUAAUCUGGUAUCUCAGUAACCACUUGUGGGAAUGGAUUGAAACUUCACACACUUAUUCACUGUGAUAAACUGACUUACAUUGCACAGGUUCCAUAACUCUAUUUUGCUUUUUUACAAAAUUAUGCCCCUUUUUUGACUUAGAAAUUUUUGGUUAAGGUUUUGUAUGUAAGCUGGUAUCUCAGUAACCACUUGUGGGAAUGGAUUGAAACUUCACACACUUAUUCACUGUGAUAAACUGACCUACAUUGCACAGGUUCCAUAACUCUAUUUUGCUUUUUUACAAAAUUAUGCCCCUUUUUCUACUUAGAAAUUUUUGGUUAAGGUUUUGUAUGUAAGCUGGUAUCUCAGUACUUACUAAUGGGAAUGGAUUGAAACUUCACAUACUUGUUCACUGUCAUGAUCUGACAUGCACUAAGCAAGUCCCAUAACUCUACUAUUUUUUUUUCUUCAAAAUUAUGCCCGUUUUCGACUUAGCAGUUUUUGGUUAAAUUUUUGUAUGUAAUCUGAUAUCUCAGUAUCCACAAAUUGGAAAGGAUUGAAACUUAACACACUUGUUCACCGUCAUGAUCUUACAUGCACUGUGAAGGUCCUAUAACUCUACUUUGCAUUUUUACAAAAUUAUGCCCCUUUUUCGACUUAGCAGUUUUUGGUUAAGUUUUUGUAUGUAAGCUGGUAUCUCAGUAUCCACAAAUUGGAAAGGAUUGAAACUUAACCACUUGUUCACUGUCAUGAUAUGACAUGCAGUACAGAGGUUCAAUACCUCUACUUUGCAUUUUACAAAAUUAUGCCCCUUUUUUAACUUUUGUAUUCUUUCAAUUGACAAGGCUGUUGAAUAGUCGAGCGUUGCUGUCCUCCGACAGCUCUUGUUUAAAAGUGUGGUUACAUGUCACUGGAUAAAAAUUGAGUGAAAUUUUUCAGUAAUAAAUAAUUCAGGGCCUCCUUAUUACCAGUAUCUCUGUUAGAAGGUAAUUCAUCAUGAAAUCUUAUUAGUCACUACCACUGGUACAGUUCACUAGAAUCAACACCUUAUUCAGAAUUUUGAAAUAAUACAUGAGAAAAUGGAAGCUGUAUCAAACUGAAUUAAAACAUUCAAAUGAUAUUCUGGCCUAAUAUCUACUUGUAGUAUAAAUCAAAUUUUAUGUGAGCCAUGCCAUGAGAAAAUCAUUAUAGUGGGUUUGCGACCAGCAUGGAUCCAGACCAGCCUGCGCAUCUGCGCAGUCUGGCCAGGAUCCAUGCUGUUCGCUAGCGGUUUCUAUGAUUGAAGUAGGCUUUAAAAGCGAACAGCAUGGAUCCUGACCAGGCUGCGCGGAUGCGCAGGCUGGUCUGGAUCCAUGCUGGUCGCAAACCCAUUAUGUUGGUUUUCUCAUGGCACGGCUCAUAUGUACCUCAGUACAUGCUUGUAUACUUAUGUCAGGACAGACACUGGUACAGAAAAGCUGAUUGCAGUUUGGUUUGGUAAAAAUUUCUCUUGAAAUUCACAAAUUGAUAAAAACCUUUAUAUUUUUGAGGAUGUAAAUUACAUCAAAUUCUUUCUUUCUUCAUUGAAAAACAUCACAUUGUACAGACACAUAUGUCACAAUUGUUUUGCCUGCUUUUAUAGUGCUUUUUCACUGGGAAGACACCCAAUAUUGCCUUUGUCAAAAUCCUCUUGAAUAAGAAAUUGUCCAAUGGUCAAAAUCCUGUCUCCAUUUUCUAUCUUAGUUGAGUUUGAGAUUGAAAUUUUGACAGCUAUUUUUACUAGAACUUAAAGAUUUAAUUCCAGUUGAGAAUUUGACCUCUAUCCCGUUUUUAGUGAGUGUGUUACUGAAGUACACUCUACACUGGUUUCUCAGUGUCAUCCAUUUUACUUAUCAGUGCCGAUUAUGUAUGAUAUUGUUGGACUACUGCAAUAUUAAACCAUGUUAUUUUGUCAAAUUUGAUCACUGUUUAUAAACUGCACCUCGUUACACAGUGAUACACUGUAACUUGUUCCCAUUCCGUGAAAAUCCAUUUACAAAACAUUGAUAUUGAAAAAAUAAAUAGAAACAAUACUU